CCUCCACGCCAGCAGAGGGCAGGAUAAAGCUUAGAGCCGAAACAAACGGUCGGAGCAGCGUGACCCCGGUUUCCCCGGAAGAGGAAGAAUCAGGUGCUGGUUUUUUCCUGCAGAUCGACAACAUGCCAGAGGCAGUCUUAAUGGACGAGAAUUACAACAAACUCCUGGAGCAGUGCGAGACACAGGAGUUGGAGGUAAUUAUACACAUAACAAGUCAGAGUUUGCAGCCAUUUAAAAAGAAGAAAAAAAGGAUCUAUUUCCGACAAGUAGCUCCUGGUGGAAUAGCAACCCCUCAGGUGUAUGGCCAGCUGCUCGCUUUGUAUCUCCUGCACAAUGACAUGAAUAAUGGUCGGUACCUUUGGAAAAGAAUUCCUCAAGCUGUUAAAACUUCUAACAUGGAGCUGGCGGCUAUCUGGGCAGUAGGGCAGCGGAUCUGGCAGCGAGAUUUCCCGGGAAUAUACACAGCCAUUGCAGCUCAUCAGUGGUCUGAGUGCAUUCAGCCUGUCAUGGAGGCACUCCAAGAAGCGACACGGAGGAGAGCCUUCGGACUCGUAGCUCAGGCUUACACCUCGAUCACAGCUGACGAUUUUGCUGCUUUUGUUGGAUAUUCAGUAGAGGAAGCUGUAAAAGGGGUUGUAAAUCAAGGCUGGCAGGCAGACCCAAACACCAGGAUGGUAAUGCCCAGAAAGCCAGAUCCUCCCCCAGUUUCCAUGGUUCCUAACGAGCAGCAGUUGGCCAGACUCACUGACUACGUGGCUUUCCUUGAGAACUGAUAAAAUCCCAGCCUGGAGACGUCCCGGUUAGCAGGAGCCGUUUAUUCUGAACCUUAAAGCCACGGAACCCCCUUGUCUGAUUGGUUGUGCUCCAAUAUCUUUGACUGCAAAUCAGCUUGAAUAGUGUUUAUAGGUUUUCAUGCCAUGAAUUGUUCACCCAGGCUCUGUUAGCAGGAUCGUCUACGGGAAGAACUGCAAGACAAAAACAAAUAAACCUGGAAUGAGACAUGCCAGUGAUGCUGUUUUCAGUAUACGUAAUGUGUCCUUUCACAAUAUGAACCCAUUUUACCUGAAAUGCUUUUGAUUGCUAUCUGCCCCUUGCCAAUGUCAUUCUUCACCCUGUUUAGUAUGCAAUAUCGUUCUGUAGCAAACUAGCAAUCUAAGCUUCACUGCAACAGAAUAAUGCAGCACUUACAGUAAAGAGCUUCCUUCUAAUUGGCUUCCAGUUGACUGAUGCUUACAACAGAAUGUGCAUUUCCGCCCCUCUACUUAGAAAACAUGUUAUAUGGUAGAACAGCUGAGCAGUAUUUCAGUUUACCUCCAAAAAAAUUACAAAAUUCCUGGUCAGAUGUCACAUUUAAAAAAGUAAAGCCACGAAAGGCUAAUUUUCAAUGCAAAUAGGUUAAACAGUUUGAAAAGUCAAAGGGUGCAUUUUCAGUAAGGCUUUCUAAAGCACUUGCUUUACGUACGCAGUGCACUUACUUUUUGUAACCUUGUGGUUUAACUGUAGCAGGUUCACACCUUGCUGGUUCAGAAUUCCACUGCAGUUCACACUGACUCCUUAAAUAACAAUAACAUCACUGGAGAUGCACCAUCUAGCCCUGUGUUAUCUAUAUUAAUGUAAAUGUUGUACAUUUAUUGUUUGUUUAUUUGUGAGUAGAGAAAAUGCACUGCAGAAAGUAAAAUCCAAUUCAAUGCAAAUACAAUUCUCUUCUGGUUUCAAAAUAUA